AUGGAAUGAAUACAAUGUCCUGUGUCUGAGCGUUCAGCUAAAUACAAGCACCAUCAAGGUUACUUGCUUACAAACUACCCCCUGAAAACAUUAUCUAGAAAUAUCCUUCACCACAGCUAAAUAAAGGCUGUUAGUUUUCUUUUUUGUGUGUGUGUGCAUUUGAGUGUCUGUGUGUGUAUGUGUUUGUUGCUGACAAUUGCUGAAGACAUUGGUUCAGUUAAGAAGGUCCGAGAAAGAGUGCAGCACAGAACAGAAGCCUGCUGCUGACUAUAAGCAAGUGAGCCACUUGGAUUCAUAUAGGGUUGAUCUGCUGAAGAGGGACUGAAACCAUCCUCUCCCCGGACAGAUAUUACCUUUUUGCUGAUCGGCCCCUGAGCCCAUAAGGGGGCAUUCCUCUCCCUGACAUCACAGGAUUUCGGGUACAACAUUCAUGGAUGAAGAUGGUCAAUACACUGAUCUUCAUGACUAUUUCCACUUCAAAGAAGACCUGUCAUGUGACUUACUAGAACAACUCAACAGUUUAAGGCAAGAAAGUUCUCUGACAGACGUCCUUCUUUGUGCUGGUGGCAAGGAAAUCCCCUGUCAUCGAAACGUCCUGGCAUCGAGCAGCCCUUACUUCAGGGCUAUGUUUUGCAGCAACUUUAAGGAACGCUUGCAGUCACGGAUCCAUCUACUGGGCAUCUGUGUGGAUGUUCUGGGCCAAAUUGUGGAUUACGCUUAUACUGGUGAGAUUAUUAUAAAUGGGGGAAAUGUUUUGUCUUUGAUGGAAGCGGCAGACAUUUACCAAUAUCCGAAGGUGCUGGAAGCCUGCUCCUUGUACUUGCAAAAUCACUUAACUCCUGAAAACUGCUUCAGCAUGGCAAGGCUAGGGGAAGUAUUCAACUGUGAAAGUCUUUAUAAACAGGCGAGGGCUGUUACCUUGCAAAAUUUCCCCCAAGCAUCUGCAUCUGAGGACAUGAAAGAGCUCUCCUGUAGUGAGCUGGCUGGCUACCUGGGUGCUGAUGAACUAUGUGCUGAGGAAGAGCAAGUUUUCGAGACAUUGACAGUCUGGAUCAACCACGAUCCAAAGACCAGGCAGGGGUGCAUCCAUAAGCUCUUCCAGAAAGUCCGGCUCCAAUAUGUCCAUCCCACGUACCUCUUUCACUUCAUGCUCAAUAACCCUUUGAUUCAGUCCUCACCUGUUUGCAGAAGUAUCCUGGAAUCAGCCAGCAGGUUGCUGUUUUCUUUGAGCCCUGCGGACACUCCUGACAUCAAGCCCAUGUGGUACGUCCCACGUAGAUAUGCUUCCCAGGAGUUUCUCAUCAUUGUUGGAGGGAGGAAGGAUAACCAGCAAAUGAGGGAGACCCUAUUGUAUGACCAGAGCAGCCAGCAGUGGCUGGGACUGGCCAAACUUCCCGUGCGCCUCUACAAAGCUUCUUCAGCGAGCUUACACAGUAAUGUUUAUGUCCUCGGAGGGCUCCUCAUCAAUAAUAAGAAAAGAAGCCUAAGUGCCAGUGUCUACUGCUUCUCUUUGAAAACGAAUGCAUGGAGGACUGCAGAAGAAAUGUUGGUGCCAUGCUACUCUCAUCAGAGUAUAGCUCAUAAAAACUGUAUCUUCUCACUGGGAGGAGUUAGUUCAAAUCAGAUGAUGCUGAACACGUUACAAAGAUAUGACAGUAUUUUCAGCAUCUGGGAAAACAUGGCACCCAUGCCUGUGGCAGUGCUGCACCCAGCCAUUGCCGCCAAAGAUCAAAGGCUUUAUGUUUUUGGCGGAGAAGACAUCAUGCAGAAUCCUGUUCGCCUUAUACAGAUUUACAACAUAUCUAGGAAUAUGUGGUUCAGAAUGGAGACCAGGAUGGUGAAAAACAUCUGUGCUCCUGCAGCUGUGAUUGGUGACAAGAUAAUUAUUGCUGGAGGGUACACAAGAAGAAUGAUUGCCUUUGACACAAAGACAAGCAAAUUUCUUAAAUGUGCGGGUAUGAAGGAACGGAGGAUGCACCAUGGAGCCACUGUUAUAAACAACAAGAUCUACGUCACUGGGGGCCGCUAUAUUACUACUGGCAACAGCAUCGAAGACAGUGACUCAUUUGAUUGUUAUGACCCUGAGCUGGAUACCUGGACAUCCAAAGGAAGCCUUCCACACAAGCUGUUUGACCAUGGGUGCCUUACACUGCAAAGUGUUUCUUACAAACCACAUACUCUGUAAGCACUAUGUAAGGCGAUGAUAAAAGAUUCUAAGUACGGGGCCAGUGGGGACUAAAAGUGCACGCAUGAUUAAUCCUCUAUGUGUUUCUUGUCUUAAUUAGCACGGUGAUCACUUUAAGGAAUAAUAACAUUUAUAUUUAUAUACUGUAGCACCUUCAACAUCUGGAGUACUUCUCAAAGCGUUUGACAAAGCUGGAUGGGCACCCAAACUGAGGGUGGGGAAUAAUGUAAAUUUUGUCCCAAGGUGUACAACACUCAUCUAGAUAUGUACUUUCUCAGUCAUUUUUAAGUUAAACAUACUGGGAGCAUACUUACAACUCUGCUGGACCUGUGGGAUAAAAGAAGACAGGAAACUGUUCCCUGAGUAACAAGCAAUGUGUUACCAUGAAACAUAUGCUUCUGGUUAUUUGGAAUUCAGAACAGUAAUUGUUGGAAUGCAGCCUGGCUUCAGCACCAACUCUGGACUUUGCUCCAACCAACUCUGAGAUUUGUCUAGUGGAGAGGGCAAUCUCUUAAAACCCCAGUAUGCCCCAUAUAUACCCACAUGCAAUGUCACCCAGCUACUGUGUCAUUCAGCAUUACAUCAGCUGUAUGUUGACAUUGUUGGGUUACAGUUUCCAGUGCAGCAAAGUUAGGUUAUGUUUCUGAGUAGGUUUGCUCUAUGAUCAGUGUGCUGACUCCACCAGUACACAACUUUCAGCAGCACAAGAUCAUCACAAAUCAGAUGUCUGGGAACUUGCAGGGUAUCAGAAGUUGAGUAGGAAGAAUCCCUGCUUCCAGUGACUGGUCUACCCUGAUGAUGAUGAUGAGCCAGGCUGUCUGCUUGUCAUCAGUAGUGCCCUGACUCAUACCUGGCUCGGAAAACAGACUAUGCAACCCACCACUGAGAGCUGACGGAUCUCUGACAUUCCUUUGCUAAACGUGCGAUCUUGGAUCCAUCUUAAUUCUAUUUAAUUAUAUCCAUCUUAAUUCCCUCUUUGCCCUUCCCACAAUCAUAAAACUUUACAGCGCAGAAGGAGGCCAUUCGACCCACUUGUUCUCAGAGGAGAUGUACUUUCAAUCCCAUGCCCAACCAAGCCCACACACCUUUUCAAGCUUCUAAAGGUUAUAUUCCAGGAGCAUAUGUGGUGAACCAUACUAUUCUUUCACCAUUGACUUACAAAGCACAAUUGGUGGCAAAUGCACAUAGGAAAACCUAAGCAGUUUGAUGUUUAUAUAUAAAUGUACAGAUAAUCUUGUCAAGAAUAUUUGUAUUUUUUAAGUUUCUAUUAAAACUAUUCAGUUUUUAUUCUCAGUGUCACUUUCUUUAUAUUAUGUUUAUAAUUUGUUUUUGUAUUUCAAGUAAAAACAGCUUUGAUAUUGUAAGGGCCAUAGGAAAUGAUACUUCUGUAUGCAAACAUUUCUUACUUUGCUGUAACUUAGUAACAAUAAAGGUUUUUUUGUUUGAUUAAA